CAUCAGCCCACUCCCGAAGAAAGCAUCUCGACAGCAUAUACAUUGCCUACCCGCGGAUCAUCAUGCCACUCCUCAAAGCAUCGCGCCCUGCACUCCAGCAAGUCACAGCUUCGAGCCAGGCCAGGCCCUUUUCCCUCUCGAUCCCAGCCCGGCUCGCAACUGAGUUUCGGCCACCAACCCCACGAGGUUAUCUCGCAGAAAAGGGUUCAUUCCCAUUCCAAGAGCGGGCGACGUCAUAUGAGGAGGUGAUCUCACGAAGCACAGCUGCCUCAUCGGCGUCCGAAGCCGCCAUGCUGCGCCGCCAGGCCGCUGACCAAAAGCGGAAGAUUGACGUUCUACAGGGGACGAUGUAAGUCUAGCCAGCUUUUGGUACUCUAUCAAAUACAUGACGCUGACAGAUAGAACAGUUCCGAGCUUCUCGCUGGCGAGAGGAGGCUUUAGACUGCAACUGCUUUGAAUGAUUAUUAGUAACGGCGC